AUGGCCAAGCGACUUCAGGAGGCCGAGAGGAUGAUUGAGCAGCUCCGAGCGAACGGAGGCACUGCUUCGCCAGAGGAGCCCUCAGCAUCGCCAAUUGGCGACACUUCUGCAAACCCACCGCAUCCUACUGGACUGGCUGCUGUCUCCUCACCACCAAAUCAUGGUCAGAUGCAGCCCAAUCUAGUCCCUGCGGCUGUUGACCUUCCAAUUGCCUCUUCUUCCGCGGGGAGCGCCACUGUCCCUGGCCUGGCGCCGAACCCUUGGCCACAUGCUCCUCAAGACGUCGAAUUGUCAACCGCAAGACCAGGAAGCGCCGGUGUGGCGGGCCCUGCGCCAGGGCCAGAAGAGCCUUCAGCGGCAGAGCUGAGAGUCGAUGAGCACGGCAAGAUCCUAUACUAUGGACCGACGUCGGCAGUACACGAUCGCCCACAGCCCGAUCCCUUACACACACCUGCGACGACUGCCCAGGCCAGGGCCUCGGAUGCGUCAACAAAGGACGAAGAAUCGCUGUCAUGCUAUGUGCGAGAGGCGUCAAUAUGGGAAGACUUUGCACUCGGGAACGCAUCCUUACAGACGGGAAUUCCACGACACAUGCUGGCGAAGCUCCUCCGCCUGCACUGGACGUGGGUGUCCCCAAUGUUCAUGUGGGUGUAUCGCCCAGCCUUUAUCCGCGACAUGGCUACCGGAGGGCGCUACUACUCCGAGUUUCUCCUCACGGUCAUGUGCGGCCACGCCGCCAAGUACCAGGACAACAACAGUUCCGAAUUCCUGCUCGCGAGAGCACGUCGCCUUCUGGGCGCCGCCAUCCAACAGCCGAGCUCCAUCCCUACGGUGCAGGCCCUGCUGCAGCUGAGCGCUCGCGACUUGGCGCACGGCUCCAUCUCCCAGGCUUGGGUGUAUGGAGGCAUUGCGUUCAGGAUGGCGAGUGAUCUGGGCCUGCAGCACAGCGGCACGGUCAUCAAGGGCCUGAGCCCGCUUGACCUGGAGAUACGGAGGCGGCUCUUCUGGGGGUGCUAUUUCUGGGACAAGUAUGCCAACCCUCUCCGCCCGCCUCUACGCCGGAAGAUUGCCUGCCGUCACGGAAUGGACCACUCGACUGAGCACGAAACCUGGAUCCCAUACUACGGCGACUCUCUAGACUCGGCCGACGGCUCACGCAGCCAGUAUCCUCCGAGAAAGAGUCAUGCGGUGUCUUGCUUCGUCAACUCUUGCAAGCUGGCCAUCAUCAUCAACGAUAUCGUUGUUCAGCUCUAUGCUAGGCGGAAGAGGUCCAUAAGCGAGGCUGCCCUCAACGACAUCAAAGAGCGCCUGGACCUUUGGCGAACGCGAUCCCCUUGCCACCUACGAUAUGACCCAGACAACUUACCCUCGAUAUGCCCACCACCACACCUCAUCUCCCAAAACCUGCUCUAUUUUGCUUCCGUUAUUCUGGCUCACCGGCCUUUCUGGGCAGUGCCGGCUCACUACCAAACCUGCAUCACCGCCUCGCGCAGCAUCGAGAAGCUCGUCUUGCUCCUUGAAUCCACCUUUGGACUCGGAAACAUCACCUACCUAAUGGGGUACUGCAUCUACACUGGCGCAUCGGCCAUCCUCGAAGACGCCAAGAAAGGAAACGACUCGUCGCAGGCGACGCUGCAGACCUUCCUCCGCGCGCUCAACACCGGCAUGAGGAGGUGCCCGCUGCUGGAGCGUAGUCUGAAGAUUAUUGUUAAGGGCAUGAGCUCUACCCCUGCGGACAAGGCUCCUGUCACGGAGCAAAUGAGCCAAGACCUGCUGCCCACUGCCACGGCGAACACUUAUAUCCCGGCGUUUCCGUACGUGGACCCGAUACUGUCCAUUGAUUUCGAUAUGAAUCGGUAUCUUGGAGGAGCCGACUUGGACACCAUGUCUGGGUUGGACUCUUUUCCGGAGGCGCAGAUGGAUCUGAAUGACUUUUUUGGCCCGCCAAUACAGUGA